GUUCAUGACGUCAUGACGCUCCACUUCAGAGGCUAUGGCGCUUCCUGACUGGAUGGUUACGCUGACUGCCACCGCAUCCUUCUUCUGCUUCUUAUGUUUAUGUGUCCGCUUCAGACGCACGGGACAAGUGCUGUGGAGACAUUUGUUCAGUAAGAUAAUGGCUCGCACGGAGAGGCCGUUGUUCAGAAUCGCGUACACGUUGUACACCAGGACCAGGCUUGGCUACAUGUACUACAAGAGGCAGGUGAGGAAAGCCCGGGAACAUUACCCUUCUGGACACUCCACAGCUCUGCCCGUGGAGUUCAAUGGUAUCAAAAUAAUUCCCAUCUCAGUGCUGUCUGACAACUAUAGCUAUCUUGUAAUUGACACCGCCUCCAGCGUUGCAGUGGUUGUAGACCCUGCAGACCCUCAAACAGUUCAGGCAGUCCUUAAGGAGGAGGGAGUAAUGUUGGAGGCGAUACUCUGCACACACAAGCAUUGGGAUCACAGUGGGGGAAACAAAGGGUUGAAAAGGCUUCACAGCUCAUGCCGAGUUUAUGGAAAUGCAGCUGAUAACAUUCCUGGCCUCACACACCCUCUCUCACACAAGGAUUCGGUAACAGUCGGUCGUCUGCACUUUAAGGCCCUCUUCACUCCUGGACACACAGUGGGCCACAUGAUCUACCUCCUGGAUGGCCGGGCAGUCGGUGCCCCCUCCAGUCUCUUCUCUGGUGACCUGGUGUUCCUGUCAGGAUGCGGGAGGAUGUUUGAAGGCAGUGCCACAACAAUGCUGUCAUCUCUGGACACGGUUGGCUCCUUAAGUGAUGAUACUCUAUUAUGGCCUGGUCAUGAGUAUGCAGAGGACAACCUGCUGUUUGCUGCUGAGGUUGAGCCACGCAACACUGCCAGGGAAAACAAAUAUCAGUGGGUGCUGCAGCAGCGAGGCCAGAAGCUGUGCACGAGUCCCUCCACCAUCGGAGAAGAGAAGGAGUACAAUCCUUUCCUGCGCAGCCACUCUCCGGAGCUCCAUCUGGCCCUGGGCCUCCAGCAGCUCCAGGAUGAGGACUGGACCCAGUUCAGGGCUCGGGUGCUGGAGGAGCUGCGAAAACGCAAAGACCUCUACAACAGGAGAUAGUACUGAGAGCAUUAAGACCAGAUGUCUGCUCACCUAUACUGGCCAGUGGUACCAUAGCAGCAUGUACAGUCGUAGUAAUGAUAAGCUGAGCUCUGAGGUUCUUCAUAAAAGGUUAAAUCCGUUCAAACACAUCCGUUUUGUAACAUUUAAAGGGGCAUUAAGUAAUUUUUGAGCUUUAUCAACCUGUAUCAGUGACCACUAGGAACAUAGUUUCAUUAUUAGAUAAUAAUCAUUAAUCCUGUUACCUCUCCACAUGUAUAUUAUGGUAAUUUGGUGUUUUCAGACAGAACAUGCGUAUUUAUUGCUUCCUCAACAAAGAGACCUGAACAAUGAUGUAGAUUUGCAUGAGUAGCUCUUAGCUUUUGUUUUACAAGUAGGUACAACCAGAUUUCUGAUUAUUGUGUGUUGAAACACUGGGUGAUAAAAGGUCUGCACACUACAUGGAAUAAUUCAGCAUGUUAGGUACUGUAUUGUUUACUGCACAGCCUGGUUCAUUUUUAAGGCAAGUAAUGAAUAGUCUGUAAAAGCCUUCGGUGGGUCGGCUGUAUGAGGUACGCUGGUUUCACAUUUAUAGUUCUCCUGAAGAGUAAUUACCCUCUUCACAAAGUUGUGACUUUUGGACUUGAGUAUUUGAUUGUGAAUAUUUGACGUCAUUUUCAACAGGAAUGGUACUGUUAAUUUAACAAAUCACAAACACAUGUUGUUGUCGGUACUUUGUGCUAAAGUCAGCGCAAUCUAUGGAGAAAGUCUGUACACCAGCCUUUCAUGUGAAUCUUUGUAUGCUGAAUCUAAGAGCCAAUUUUCUUUUGACUUAGAAUAACUCGCAUUGGUUCUUAAUGGUGCAUGUGAUUGGGAUACUAACCCCUCCCCCCCACCAAUAACUUUAUAUUUCACUCACGUGCUCAUGAAACAACAGCAAAAUAUCUGCAAGUGGGCCUGAAGUGGAAAACGUGUUUUCUAGUAAAGACCUUUUUUGUGCCUCUCAGCAAAUGUUUUUUGCCAAACUGUUUCUCAUUUAGAACUGUAUUUUUUAAGUGUUUAGAAGUUGCACUACUUGAACAGCAUUACAUGUGAAGGAUUUGACCGGUAUUGCAUUGUGAUGUUUGCAGGGCACGAAAUUAGCACCAGCUACCAGCCAAAUGCUGGUUAAAUAUACAAGUGGCUGGUAGAUUUCCUUCAAGUACCAGCCAAAAAGAAACACUGUUAAUCUGUUGAGUGGCUGGUAAAAUUUGAAUGUUCACUAGCCAUUUGGCCAAUGGACAAAAAAGUUAAUGUUGCACCCUGGAUGUAUGAGAUAUGACUGAAUUGCUGUUUUGGGGGAUGAUUUAUGUUGUUAGCCUGUAGAAUUACUCUUGACUGCCAGCAGUUAUAAUUCAAUUAAACUUACAGGGUGAUGUUGAAUCAAACAAUCAGUAUACAAUUUGUUUUACGGUUUUGACUGAUGUAUGAAAUGUGUUAUAUAUAAGAGUAAGAUGGUGAUGGAAUUACAAGACCUUUCAUUUUCUUUCUAAAAUUCUAAGAAUGUGGCAUUGACUGUGGCACUCGCUUUAAAAUUUCAGAAAGAAUGUUUUUAUAGACAAUUUGAAAGCUUUGGAAACCAAAAUUGUACAUAUUUUGUAAUAUAUUUAAUGUUUUAUUAUACUGUGAGACUAUAGUGGAGGAAAGCUAUUUCAGUAUAAUAAACACGUUCUUAUUCCCAUGCACAUUUGAAUAUUUCUGUUGCUGCUGUCAUUUAUGUUGAGGUGGGGAUGGGCCAGAUUGUAAAGGAAUAAACCUUUCAUGUUUUGUAGAAAUAUGAAAGCUCUUCAGAUUCGUCUGUUGAGCUUUUACCAAA